UUCUGAGAAUUCUUGCCUAAUUUCUAUCAAUUACCUUAUUGUUCACUGGAUUCAAUUCUGUAUUUUGUGAGCUAAUUUUGAACUCAUUUUCUGGGGCGAACAAAUUCCGUCGCUCCCAAGUCACUUGGUAUGACUACUGAUUCGUGGUCUUAGACUAGAAACUUAUCUGAUUUUUAGGGUUUAGGGUUUUCAUUUGUCAUUUUCUUAUCAGCUAGCAUGGAUCUUAAUGAUCUUAACAAGGUAUGGGAAAUUAAGCCGCUCAAAAGAAUUGGAGAAGAUGAAGCGGGGAAGAUUCUAGAAAAGGUAGCCAAGCAGGUUCAACCAAUAAUGCGAAAAAGAAAAUGGAAAGUCAAUGUUCUUUCUGAAUUCUGAGUGCAGUCCUGCCAAUCCAUCACUUUUAGGGCUAAAUAUAGGACCGGGUGCAGAAAUAAAGCUAAGACUUCGGAGGCCUAACCGCGAGUGGGAUUUCUUCCCUUAUGAGCAGAUUCUUGAUACUAUGUUGCACGAGCUUUGCCAUAAUGAACAUGGUCCCCACAAUGCUCAGUUUUAUGAUCUUUUGGAUGAAAUCAGGAAGGAAUGUGAAGAACUGAUGGUUAAAGGGAUUAGCAGCACUGGGAAAGGAUUUGACUUUGACCAUUAUGGGAGACGUCUUGGUGGGUUCUCUGGGCAACCACCUUUGUCAUCACUUCGCCAGACUGCAUUGGCUGCUGCUGAAAACAGAGCACAUCAUAGAGCUUUGCUGCCUUCUGGACCUCAGUAUUUAGGUGGUGAUAAUAAGAUUAAGUCUGCUCUGAGUCCAAUACAAGCUGCUGCCAUGGCUGCUGAAAGGAGACUGCAUGAUGACAUGUGGUGUGGUUCAAAGUCUGUAGGGCGCAAGACUUGUAUACAGGAGAGUACAGGUUCUAUAGGACCUUCUGCAAGAUCUAUUCAAACUUCUGCUGUUCAAUCUGCAUCAGUCAAGGAAACAUUUGAGGGAGCAGAAUGGAAAUGCAUUACUUGCACUUUAUUAAAUAAGCCAUUAGCAUUACUAUGUGAAGCCUGCGGAACACAGAAGCAGAGAGAUGUUUCCAAGUUCAAAGUUUGGUCUUGCAAAUUUUGUACUCUAGAAAACAGUGUUGAUGUAGAUAGAUGCUUGUGUUGUGGAGAAUGGAAAUACUCUCAUGGCCCACCAGUGUCCGUCCGUGGGCCUUACAUUGGCACCUAACUGGACGAAAGUCGAUGAAUCCAUGAUUACUUUGGUAAUGUAGUCACGAGUUUCUACAUCAUUUUAGCGUGACACUGCAUCUGCUGUACGAAGUUUAGAAAUGUAAUUUACGAAUAUAGCUUAAUUAUAUGUUUGAAAGAGUUAAAUUGUGAAAAUAGAGGUACUAGUACUACUGACUAUAAUGUGAUAGGGUUGGUGGUUUGACGAAAUCAAACGGCAUCUAAUAAUCAACCAGCAUGCCACAUCAUUGUAUAAAAAAUUACUGUAGAAAUGUUUGGCUGAAUAGCAUUUUAAAUUCAUGUAUAUGUUCUUGUUA